AUGGUGAACAAUAGAAAUAAGUAUCGGCUCGGAAAAUAUUCAAGCAAAGUCUCCAAGAAGCCGUUGACGUCGUCACGAAGAAGUCAAUGUCAAGAAACCAUUCGAUGUUAUCUUUCCACUGGAUUCUAGACUCCACGUCUUCAAGAGGCCGCCGUCGUCGUCAAGUAACCGUUCGACCUCUUCUUUAUACUGAAAUCUGGACCCCAGGUCUCCAAGAAACCGUCGACGUCGUCAAGAAACCGUUCGACCUCUUCUUUUAUUGAAAUCAAGAGCCCACGUCUUCAAGAAGCCAUCGACCUCUCUCUUUAAAUCUUCACGUUCUUACAAUUUUCGGCUAGCGAAUUCUGAUACUUCUACCUCAGCAAUCUAUCUACCCUUUCAAGUCUCCAACUACCAUUGAAAAUGUAAUAAAAAGCCAGAAAAAGUCGUUCGAAUCUCAACCCCACGUCUUCAAGAAGCCGUUGACGUCAUCACGAAGAAGUCGAUGUCAAAAAGCCGUUCGAUGUUAUCUUUCCAAAAAAUUGAAAAAUGAAGAUAAGUAUCGUGAAAAAUGUAGUUAAGUAUCGGCUCGGAAAAUAUUCAAAGUCUCCAAGAAGCCGUUGACGUCGUCACAAAGGUUUCAACGUCAAAAAAACCGUUCGACCUCUUCUUCUUACUGGAAUCUGGACUCCAGGUCUCCAAGAAACCUCCGUCGUCGUCAAGAAGCCGUUCGAUCCCUUUUUUUCACAAAAAUCUAGACCCCACGUCUUCAAAAAGCCGUCGACGUCUCUCUUGAAAUCUUGACGUUCUUGCAAUUUUCGGCUUGCGAAUUCUGAAUCUUCUCUACCUGGACCAUCCGUCCACUUUUCCAAGACUCCAAAUACCAUUGAAGAUGUAAUUAAAAAUCCCAAGAAGCCGUUCAAAUCUCAACGUCUUCAAGAAGCCGUUGAAGUCGUCACAAAAAUUUCUAAUUCAAGCAGCUCUUCGAUCUCUUCUUUUCACAAAAAUCUAGACCCCACGUCUUCAAAAAGCCGUCGACGUAUUUCUUGAAAACAACACAAUUUUUAAAUCUCAACGUCCUUCACGAAGUAGUAAAUUUCAAAAAGCCGUUCGAUAUUAUCUUCCCACUGAAACGUAGACCCCACGUCUUAAAGAAGCUGUCGAGGUCUGUCUUGAGAUAUAAAUUUCCUACAAAAAAUCAUCAUCUUGGUUUUUACAAGAAACUCUUCGAUACUUCUCUACCUGAGCCAUCGUUCUACCUUUUCAAAUCUCCAAUCAUCAUUGAAGCUGUAAUUAACAUAUUAAAAAAGCCGUUCAAAUCUCAACCCUACGUCUCCAAGAAGCCGUCGACGUCAACACGAAGGAGUCAAUGUCAAAAAAACCGUUCGACCUCUUCUUCUUACUGGAAUCUGGACUCCAGGUCUCCAAGAAACCCCCGUCGUCGUCAAGAAGCCGUUCGAUCCCUUCUUUUCACAAAAAUCUAGACCCCACGUCUUCAAGAAGCCGUCGACGUCUCUCUUGAAAUCUUCACGUUCUUGCAAUUUUCGGCUUGCGAAUUCUGAAUCUUCUCUACCUGGACCAUCCGUCCACUUUUCCAAGACUCCAAAUACCAUUGAAGAUGUAAUUAAAAAUCCAAAGAAGUCGUUCAAAUCUCAACGUCUUCAAGAAGCCGUUGAAGUCGUCACAAAAAUUUCUAAUUCAAGCAGCUCUUCGAUCUCUUCUUUUCACAAAAAUCUAGACCCCACGUCUUCAAGAAGCCGUCGACGUAUUUCUUGAAAACAACACAAUUUUUAAAUCUCAACGUCCUUCACGAAGUAGUAAAUUUCAAGAAGCCGUUCGAUAUUAUCUUCCCACUGAAACGUAGACCCCACGUCUUCAAGAAGCUGUCGAGGUCUGUCUUGAAGGCUACGACUUUUUACAAAACUCAUCAUCAUCUGGGUUUCUACAAAAGAACUCUAAACAUACGUCUCUGAAGUCUCUUAGAAAAGUCUUCAGAAAGUCUCUAAAACUUCUUGACCAUCACCUCUACCUCACCCUCAUUCUACCUUUUCACGUCUCCAAUCAUCAUUCAAGCUUUAAUUAACAUCCUGAAAAACCUUUCAAUACCAACCCCACGUCUCCAAGAAGCCGUCGACGUCAACAUGAAGAAGCCAACGUCAAAAAGCCGUUCGACCUCUUCUUUUCACUGAAAUCUCAACCCCACGUCUUCAAGACGUCGUCACGAAGGUGUCAACGCUCGAAAUCUGACGCAGAAAUCUCCUCCCCCAAAAAUAUGCCAAGUCGAAUCGUCGAGGAUUAGACGUGUCACGUCACGUUGGCCGUUCCUUUUCACGGGAUUCCGACAGGGCGCACAUUCGAAAAAAUAAACGCUUUAUGACAAGUCUGAAUCGGAACCAGAGUUGAACUGACAGGACUGAGGAGUCCUUGGGGAGGAGGAGGUCAUGACUGAAACAAAGGAGAAAAAAAUAGGGGAUAAAAAAGGGGGUGUAGAAAAAAUAAAGCUAGGGACUUAUAUAUUUUUUUAAAUCUUUAAAAAGUUAAAUUCAUUUUUUUAAAAAUUCCAAUGGGGACAGCUAAACGAGCGAUUUUUUUCUUUUUUUAAAAAUUCUUUCUGAACUCAUUUCGCUUAAACUCAGUUUUUUUCAAGUUCUAAAACUACUCGGCAAACUCAACUUUUUCGAAUCUGAACGAUCCAAAAAAAUUUAAAAAUUUCUUUGAAAGGACUUUUUCAGAACCUUUUUUUAAAAGUUUUCUUCAGAAAAAAAUUCCAAAAACUUCCAAGCAUGAGGACCUAACUUUUUUUAAUUUUUUUCCUUUUAGAAAAACCAAGAGCCUUCAAAAAGCUUAGAACUGGGAGAAUUUUUAGUGGCCACUAUAGGGUUUUGACGUUUUAGUGGCCACUUAAGGGGUUACAAUCUAGUGGCCACUAUAGAGGUCUAAGUGCUACUACUAGACCACUAAAAAUUUUAGUGGCCACUUUAGGGGUCAAUGGAUCAACAUAACUGGUCCAAUCUGUUUGUUUUAAUAUUAUCAGAGUUACUGGAAUGAAUACUGGAUAAAAAACUACUGAAGUGGCCACUAAAACGGAAAAUAGUUGCCACUAUAGAGGUGGGUUGAGUGACCACUUUAGUGUCCUCUCCAAGUAGUCCUUGGCCAGCCACUAUAGUGGCCACUAAAAUUUUCCCAGAAACUUAAAGAUUGUUAUAAAUCCUUCAAAAAUAAUCCAAAGGUUUUCUUGGCACUAUUUCGGUCUUUAAUUUUGUUUUUCCCAAGCUUUUAUUAACCUAAAACUGCAGCUUUCUUAAGCUUCACCCUCAAAACUUUUUCUCAAAAUAACCUUUUUUAAAACUCCUAAAAACUUUCUUGAAAGCCUCCCAGAAACAAAAUCUCCUUUCCCAGCACCUCUAGGACCAAUAAAGUCUCAAAAAAAAAAAAGAGUCAAGCCAAAAAUGAUAUGAAUCUCGGGCGAAAUGUUUGCCGCCGACUGACUGAUGGAUGCAUUUAUCGUCGCAGCGGCGCUUCUUUUUUUCUUCUUCUUUCUAAUUUCCCAGAUCCCAAUCGACACCGCAUUUGUCACGGUUCGGAAGACAACUCCGAAGGCCGAGAAACGCCAAAAAAAGAAGAAAAUGCGAUCAAAUCGCUCGGCGACAAAUUGGCCCCAGCGUUUUUGAGAUUGCGAUCUCGCGCGAAAAAGGUGUCGCGCUGGCGAUAACCGCAUUUCGAUCCUUCUUUUUUUUUUCUUGUUACAGUAACCAAAUAGGGCAAAGAAGUGUAAAAAAAGAACCAAUUAUAUGAAAAUAUGAACUUCCAGUUCAAGGUAAAGGAUAAAGAAAAUAGGGUUUCAAUAAACGUUCUACAAAAUUUUGGAUCGAAGUUUUCCUACCUGAAAAAAAUGAAGCCUUUUCAAAAAGGUGUUCAAAUUUAUAAAAUCUCGAGUCACAGUCAAAAAACUUAAAGGCGCAUCAUAAUGAGCUGAAAAAUGGUUUCGAAGGAAUAUUCAAAAAGUCACGAAAAGUGAAAAAUUCAAUUUUUAAACGUCUAACUCAAAUUUACAACGUAAAACUGCUUUGAUUGAAUAAUUUUACGAAUUUUUGAAUGAUUCUCAAGAAAAAACCCCCCAAGUUCAGUAAUCGUUUAAAAAAACCAACCUUAAAAUUAAGUUUUUUAUUAAAAUAUUUCUGUUUUUAGAGAAAAACAUUAAUAUAGUCUUCAAAACUUAAUUUCAGUUCAAAAAAUCCCACUGACUACCCCCACAAGCUUCAAAUCGAAUGAAAAAUCAAUCUUACCAACAUCCGACCUUCUCCAACUCAAAGCUCUCAAAUCAUCGCAACAAAUCGGAGAAUCAACACGAUCAGUCGGAAAAAAACACGAAAAAGGAAAUAAAAACGAGACGGAAGGUGAAGCUAACACGAGGCGAAGGGCCGACGGCGGCGGCAUCGCUUUGAUCGCCGGCCGUGACGUGAUCCGAAGCGACAACGUCGUCAUCUCGAGUCAUCGGCCACGUCCGGCCACCUUCGGACCUCGGCACAGAACUGUGUCUUUGAUUGGGAAAAGGACGCGAGCAGCUGCAACCUGGUAGGAGCACAAAAAAAAGGUUUUCAAAAUCCACUGAGGUUUCUCGAAGAGACAGAGGCUUGAAAAAAAUCGGAGCGGUUCUUUGGAGUUGGAACUUGAGUAGGAGCUUGGAAAACGACCGAAGUUCACUUCACCAGGUUGGAAGAUACAACUAGCAAGGAGAAAAGACCUUUUGAUGGAUAUGAGCUACGGAGAUCUUUGGAUCACACCUCAGAACUUUCCUUUUGAUUGGGAAGGAAGGAAGAGAGCAGCUGCAACCUGGGUAGGAGCACGAAAAAAUAAGGUUUUCAAAAUCCACUAGGCUUCUUGAAUAGACAAAGUCUUGAAAAAUAUCGGAAAAGGUCUCGAUGGGAUUCUUUGAGUUGGAACUUAGGUAGGAGCUUGGAAAACGACAAAAGUUCACUUCACCAGGUUGGAAGACACAACUAGAAAGAAAGAGAACAUUUUUUUUCUAUUAUGAAAAGAAGCUACGGAGACCUUCGGAUCACACCUCAAAACUGUCCAUUUGAUUGGGAAAGCGUCUUCUUCCUUCUUGCAAAGUUUGAAGUUCCACUCAAGCUUUUCCAGGAGACAGAGCUUUUCUUCUUGCUGGAAAGGAGCUCUACGAAAGCUUCGGACCUCUACACAGGACUUUCUCUUCGCUUGGGAGGAACGAAAGAAGGAGCUUGAACUUGACCAACAGCAAAAAAUCUGA